GACGCUGCCCAGAGCGAGUAGCACGCAACAAUGAUGGGGCCCGCAGCGCUUCUGUGCGUUGUGAGCUUAUUAGAAGCCGUGGCUGGCAGCGCGCUGGACAAUGGCAGUCGACGGAGGCCGCCCGUGGCAACGUCGCGUGCGCUGGUGGUCGCGCGGGAGCGGCGGCUGACAACAGCCGACUACGCAUGGGUCGUGAGGCUCGCGGCCAGCGACGCCGCCUCGUACGACCGCUUCGGCUACUCCGUGGCGAUCGACGGCGACACCAUCGUAAUUGGAGCGUCUGGUUGCAUUUGGUCAUAUUGCAGUUCCAUUGCAGGUUCGACCUACGUCUACCGCACGAGCGACGGCGGCGCCACUUGGGUCGAGAUGGCCAAGCUGACGGCCUCCGACGCCGCAUCGAACGACCUCUUCGGCACCUCCGUGGCGAUCUCCGGCGACACCAUCGUGGUCGGAGCCCACGCCAAGAACGAUGGCACGGGUGCGGCCUACGUCUUCCGCACGAGCGAUGGCUGGGACACGCACACAGAGAUAAAGCUGACGGCCUCCGACGCCGCGGCGGGCGACCAGUUUGGCAUUUCCGUGGCGAUCGACGGGACCACCGUCGUGGUCGGGGCCUCCGGGAAAGAUAGCGGCGACGAUUGCACUUAUGCGUACGACAACUGGAGCGGCAACUGGGAGUGGAGUGGCGACGAUUGCGACCACGGUGCAGUCUACGUCUUCCUCACCACCGACGGCGGCGCCACGUACGACCAGGUCGCCAAGCUGACGGCCGCCGACGCCGCGUCGAACGACAAGUUCGGCUACUCCGUGGCGACUUGCACCACGGUCCUCUGUCCCGCCGCGGCGCUGUGCAAGUACGGCAACACCAUCGUGGUCGGGGCCCCCUAUGAUAACAUCGACGGUGGUAAUGGCGGUUAUCAAAUUGGUCAAGGCUCGGCCUACGUCUUCCAAACGAGCGACGGCGGUUCCUACGGCCAGGUGGACAAGCUGACGGCCGCCGACGCCGCAGUCGAAGACACCUUCGGCAUUUCCGUGGCGAUCGACGAUGGCACCGUCGUGGUCGGAGCCUUCGACGCCAACGACUAUAAAGGCGCAGCUUACGUCUUCCACGCGACCGACGACCUCCCCGCGUACUCCCAGGUGGCCAUGCUGACGCCCAGCGACGCCAGGAGGAGCGCCUUCUUCGGCAACAGCGUGGCGAUUGACGGCGACACCGUCGUGGUCGGAACCGGCGAAUACGAAGCCGCCUACGUCUUCCGCACGACCGAUUACGGCUACACGUACCCCCAGGUGGACAAGCUGACCGCAUCCGAUCGCGAGGCGAGCUUCUUCGGCUCCUCCGUGGCGAUCGACGACGGGACCGUCGUGGUCGGGGCAAAAGCCGACGAACACGACGGCGGCGACGGGUGGCCAUCGAGAAAGGGCUCGGUCUAUGUUCUCUCAUCGGAGCCGCCGAAGUCCCGGCAGCAAAAGGACAAGGAAAAGGAAGAGAGUUCGGUUGCGGUGAUCGCCGGCGCGGCCGCAGCCGUCGCGCUCCUGCUAGCCGUCGCCGCAUUUUGGUUCUACCGUCGCCGCAAGGCCUCCAUGAUGGAUAAGGCCCACGAGCUGACUCGCGCCAAUCCAGAGCCGCUCAAACUGUCAGCACCGGAAGAAGCCACGACCCCAAAAGAAGAAGAGGCAACCAUUCCCGUCGCCCCGGAAGGCGAGGAAGCAUCUACCGAGCAACUGCCGCCGCCGCCGCCGCGAAGGUGGUUCUCGCGCGCCGAGCCUGAGCCUGAGCCUGCCGCGCCGAAAGCCGAGGAGAUGUACAACCGGAUAGCCGCCUGGUACCACGAGCCGGAGAACGGCGCGCUACGAGCAACUUGGGGCGCGUAUCCGGACCCCGGAGAAUUCCAGACGUGGCCCGGCUUCGUCGCGGUGACCAACGCAUUCCUCGACCGCGAAGCCGGCUAAGUCAGUAGUGUCAAUGC